AUGGAACAUCCACCAAAGACAUCCAACGACUCUUCCUCUCUCACCAAGACUGAUGAUAUCAGUACGGUGGACCUUGAGGGUGCUAAUGCUGAAGAACAACAGGAACUUGACAGGAUCUAUAGAAAGUUGGAUAGAAGAAUCAUCCCAGCUUUAUGGACCUUAUACUUCCUUACGUCUUUUGGAACCAACACUUAUGGAGUCACGUUAACUAUGAACAGAGAAGAGGGCCACUCGUUGAUCCAGAGAUUGGACUUGUCGCCAUUGAACCUUUCCACGGCCAAUGCUUUAGGGUUUAUUGGUACUAUCCUCUUUGAUUUACCUAUGAACUUGAUCAUGACUAAGGUUAGCCCUCAGACUUGGUUGGCUCGUAUUGUCAUUUCUGUUGGACUCAUCUACGCAUGCUACUGUGCUCUUGACAACUACCAGGGCCUUUAUGCUGUUCAGUUCCUUGGUGGAGUGCUUGGUGCUGGUGUUUGGCCUGGUAUGUCUUACUAUAUCACUUUAUGGUACCCAAACCAUAGAAUGACAAGAAGAGUUGGGUACUACUUCACAGCAGCUCAGAUUUCAUGUGCCGUGGGAGGUCUUGUCAGUGCUGGAUUCCAGAAAAUGGACGGUACCAGAGGAUAUACUGGCUGGCAGUGGCUUUACCUUAUCUAUGGAUGUAUCACGGUUGUUGCAGGUUUCUCUUUACUCUGGUGGCUUCCAGAUAGACCGUUCAAGACCCAGAAACCUUCAACUAACGCCUACAAGAAAUUUAUCAGAAAGUACCUCACUCCAAAGCAUCCUCUUUCUACCCACGAAAAGGAGAUCCAUUGGAAGGAUAUGAUGGACAGACAGAGAAAGUUGAACUGGGGAUGGAAGGAUAUUGUGCUUAUUGUCACCGAUUUAAGACUCUACCCUAUUGUUAUCAUGUACUUUGGUGUUGUUGGAACAGGUUUUGGUCUUGCAGUGUUUGGAUCAACCAUCAUUUCUGCCCAGAACCCACAUCUUUCAGAUAUUGAUGUUUCGCUUUUGUACGCCCCCAUCUGGAUCUUUGACUUAUUUGGAAUUCUCACCAUUACUCCAUUUGCUGACCGUUGCAAGAACUACAGGUUCUUGUUCUUCUCAGGUGCUUGUGUGAUAAUUAUCGUUGGAAUGGUAGUUACCACUUUUGCUCCAGAUCCAUGGAGCCGUUACGGUGGAUUACUCAUUGCUGGUUACGGAUUGGGCCCUACUGUGCCCAUUUGUAUGUCCUGGUCAGCUGAGAUCUUUGAACACCGUUAUGGUGAUGUUGGUGCCAGUUGUGCUGCUGCUUUGGUUACUGGUUUGGGAAACCUUGGUUCUGUGACAGCUACCUACGCCUUGUACUCUGGAUGGCCUGAUGACGUUGACAGAAUGUACUUGGGCUCUAAUAUGGUGCUUGUGGGAAUGCUAGGCAUUAGUAUCUUUUCUUCGUGUGUUGCCAAGUUCAUCCAGAAUAAGAUCAGACAGGUGGACGCAUUGCCAGCUGAUACUGACCAUGAAGAACUGGCCAUUACAGCUACUUCCACUGCCCAGAAGUGA